AUUGCAGAGGUGAAGAUGGCAUUAGCCAGCGGACACUGGAUAGAAAGAGAGAUGAGAGGAGAAGCCCCGAGUCCAAGAUUCGGUCACGCUGUAGCUGUUGCAGGAAACGUCGUCUUUCUGUUUGGAGGAGCCUCCAGAAUCAACAGAGCGGAGGAGAAGCCGGUUUACUUCAAUGACUUCUACAUGCUGACAGUUUCUCCUGAGGAUUUGAUGUGGGAGGAGAUUCCUCAGAGCGGACACGUCCCCUCAGCCAGAGAAGGACACACUCUGUGUGUCGUGAAAGGAAAGCUGUAUCUGUUUGGAGGAGCGUCCAGCCCCAACGCCACCGAGUGCCUCGCAGGAGUCUACAGCUUUGAUAUAGUGUCCCUGACCUGGGAUUGCUUAGCAGUCGGGGGAGUCGUCGUCAAGACCCUCAAGCACAGCUCUGUUGCCGUGGGAGACAGCAUCUACGUGUACGGGGGCAAUGUGGGAGGGAAUCUAACCGACGAUCUGAUGGUUUUCAACACAGUGUCUCUCACCUGGACGCCUGUUAAAACUAACGGCUCACUGCCUCCUGCCUUGUGUGGUCAGAGUUUCGCUCUGGUUGGAGAUCAGCUGUUCAUGUUCGGAGGUCAUGAUGCAGGGGGAGACUUCUGUAAAGACCUCCAUGUUCUCAGCACAGAGAACUUGGUGUGGCAGAAAUGGGAGGUGAAAGGAGAAUCACCUGCAGCCUGUAGAGGACAAACACUGACUGCACACCAUGAUAAAGAUAUCUAUCUGUUUGGUGGUAAAAGCACAAAUGAAGACGGCACAGAGUCGUCUUCAAAUGAAAUCCACAAACUCAGUAUAGCUAAGAUGAAGUGGAAGGUUCCUCUGUACGUCGGGAUUCCUCCGGCCCGUCGAUACGGACACACAGCCUUCAUCCUUCACAGCCACCUGUUUGUGUUUGGAGGGAAGAAUGAAGAGCAGGAGUUUAAUGACCUGAAGGGGAUGAAACUCAUCAACCCCUCAGAGAGACAACCAGUGAUGAAGGAGAUUCUGUCAGAGUUUGGUCUGCAGGGAGUCAGCCACAGCUUCACCCCCACAAAGGUUCCCAACGUUCGCUACGAGCUGAGCGAGUCUGCUCCACCCAACCAGUCCAGAAACACACCGGCUGACGCACAGGUGUGUGUUCACAGAGACUUCAGUACGGUUCGAGAUGAGGCGAUGAAAAUGAUCCAGACAGCGUUCUCUCUGCUGGACCAGGAGUUUCAGAAACUCGACAGGGAAAAAUCUGAUUUGUCUAAAGCUGCUGCUGCUCUGCAGAGAGAGAGAGAAGCUCACGAAGCUCACAAACAACAACAGCAACAGGAGCUGCAGGAGAUGCUGGACAGACACCGCUCCCAAAACGAGGCGUGGCUCCGAGCGAGAGCCGAGGAGAACGACCGAGAGAGGAAGGAGCUCUGCAGACUCAGAGAGGAGGUGCAGCAGGAGCAGGAGAGGCUGAAGGAGGAGCAGAGCAACAUCCAGAAACGCAGCGAGCAUCUACUGUCCAUCAUGCAGCAGUUUAAAGGAAUGUGAGAUAGAUAGAUAGACCACUUAUCUGUGUCCUUCUUCAUGUUUGUUUAAUUUGCUGAUGGUUAGAUCUGGAUGGGGAUCUUUCGGGUAGAAAUAUGUGUCUUUUUUAGUAUUUUAUUUUGAAGGUGUAUAACAGGAGGUUAAGU